UAAUUAAUGUUAUUUUAACUUACUGGUAUAAAUAGUAAAUAAAUAUACAUAACAUGAUAUAAAUUUAUCUACUAAUAAUCAUUAAUUUAAAAGUUUAUAGUACUUAAAAUUUAUAUUAUUAUAAUUAGUCUAUACUCUGUCGAAGAACUGUGUUUAAUCAUUCAAUCCUUACGAUAUUAUAAUUGUUGGUAUUAAUUAAUACUUAAAAGUUGAAAUGCAGUUUAAUAAUACAUUUUCAAAUAUGCAUCAAAAGAAUUUUUCAUUUCAAAAUCAAGCAAACGGAAACAAUAUUUCUCUAUUUGAUGAAAACUUGAAAAGAGUUUAUAAAGACCUAAUAAAAGUUAAUGAAUAUUACUCUUCUAAAAAUGAUCAUCCAAUUGAAAAUAAUUCUCAAGUCAUGAAAAGUGAACAAUCAAAUAAAUCUUCCUAUGAAACGAUAGAUGAAUCUUUAUUCUUCUAUGAUGAAUUUUAUAAAAUUAAAAUGAAUGAAAUUGAAGUAAAUAGAAAAAUUAAUGUACGAAAUGUAUUGAAUAAAAAAGUUGAUACAUGGGAACAGUCAAAAAAAAAUGUUUCUAAAAUACCAACAACUAAUAUUGAUGAAGACUCUAAGCGUUCUUUUCGCGAGGGACUUAUUAUUGACAAAAAUUAUAACAAUAAACUGCUGGACAGUAAUAAUGAUCAAUUUCAAACUAGAUUACUCGAAGAGCAAAAUAAAUUUAAUAAAAUGAAAUUUAACUUGACUUUAAAAAAUGCAUCAAGUUUAUUAUGUGACAUAAAAAAAUUGUUAAAUGAAAGUUUUAAUAUGACACCUCAAUUACUUACUUGUCAUAAAGACAAUUAUAGGCUUUUAGAAAUGUCUUUAAAUAAUUUAAAAACCAAAUCUUCAAAUAUUAAUGAACAAGAUAUUUUGACUAUCAAUCAACUUCAACUAAAUAUUCAAUUAUUAAAUGAAAAGUUAUUAGAAUUUCAAGUUAAAGAUGUUUCAUUUAGAACUGAUGGUCAUAAAAAUGAAAAGAAUGAUAAUAUAUCAACUGAAAAUAUACUUAAAAGCAAUGAAAAUUGUCAUCAAAACCAGAUAUUAGAAAAAAACGUUCUUGAAACAAAAAAUAAUUGUGAAAAAACUAAAAAUGAAAUACAAAAUUUUUCAUUUAAAAAGAAUGAAAAUUCUGUUGUCAAGUCUGACGAAUUCUUCACUUUUAAAUUUAACAGUAAUAAAAAUAUGAUUAAAGAUAUUAGUACUAAUAUCUCAGAUUUUUCUUUUAGAAUCAAUAAAGAUUCUAAUCCCGAAACUAUUAUGAAAAAUUGUUCUUAUAAUUUUGAGGAUGAAUACAAACAAUUUUUAGAAAAUCAUCUAUCUAUUCAGGAAUAUUUGAAAAAAAUUGAAAAUAUGUAUUCUUCUUUUCUUUGUGAUGAUAACCUAAAACCUUUGAGACAAGAAUUAAUAAAAUCAAUUAAUACACCAGUUAAUAGUAUAUCUUCAAUUUCUUCUUGGCAUAUGAAAGAUAAAUUUGAGAAACUUGAUGCAUUAUUGAAGUGUAAAACAGUGAAAACUGGUAAUUCUACUGUAACAGCAAAUAGUCAUCCAGAAGCAUUGAUAUUUUGUAAAGAUACAUUGGCUAAAAAAAUAAUAAAUAUUGGAGAGCAAGUGGUUAGUGUAAAAACAGAAACUGGUUUUGAAGUUGCUUCAAUUGUUACAGAACUUUGGAAAAUUCAUCCAGAUUUUGGUAUUUUGUUAUAUGCAAGAUUUAAACAAAAAUGUCCUUGUCUUAUCCCAUACAAUGCUGUAAAAACAAAUGAAGAAACUGAUGAGGAAUUUUAUAAAUCAUUAUGUUAUAACUAUACAAAUGGAGUUGUUGAGAAACAGGAUAAGUAUGUAAAAAGAAUGACUGGUAUUGUAAGAUUAUUUGCAGCAAUCAUAGUAACUGAAUCCAAGAGUGGUAAAGCUUUAGGUAUUGGACAAGCCUGGAUGUUGAUCGCAGCAACUGUUAAUUUAGUUCCCCAAUUAGAUGUUACAGCCAUUUUAUUACAUGAAAUACUGAUAAUUACUGGUUAUGAACUUAAACAAGCUUAUGGAAGACAAUUUAUCAAAAUGCUGGAAUACAUAAAUACCAAUUAUAUGAAAAAGAUUGAUGAAGUUACACCAAUUGGUUGUGGAGGUCCAGUACAAAGAUUAAAAACAUUUAUCAGUAAAGUUAUUCAAGUAGGUUACAUUGAAAAACCUAAAGGUAUAAUACCUUAUAAUUUUUGGUAAAUAACUAUUUAUUAUGCAACUAUUUUUUAUUUUGUGUAACCAAAUUUCAAAUGUUUUUUUUUUUAUGAAAAUAAAAAUAAAAUUAUAUGAUUCAAAUAUAUGUAAAAUUAUUUAAAGUUUUAAUAAAGUAUGUUAUUUUCAUAAAAUAAUAAACCUUUAAAUAUAUUACAUAAGAAACACUACAUAAUAUUUAAUGGUCUUUUGGAUACUAUAGUAUCAAUUAAUAUUGUUAGUUCCUAUCUACAGUAUUUUAUAUUUUUAUUGUACAAUGUAAUGUAAAUAAUUAUUGUACUGUAUAAUAUUUGAUAAUGGAAAUAUUUUGUAAAAUUUAAUAAAUGUAAAAUUGGUAUAGUACCUACUAUUACUACUAAUAUAGAUACUUGUCAGGUUUGAUUGUCUUUCUUAAACAAUAAAUCAUCACUUGAGAAUAUUAUCAUAAAUAAAUAAACAACUUUGAGAUAAAACUCAACAAUGUGAUUCUUAAAAAUGUAUUACUACUAUUUGCUUACUUAGUACUUGUCUUUAGUGAAUAAGAACAAUUUACAAAAACUUAGUAUUACAUUUUUUUAUUGACAUUUAUAAAAAAAUAUUUAUUUUUUUCUAAUACUUAUUAUGUAUACUGACCAAAAAAAAAUAUCAUAAGUAAAAUUAAUAUAUUCACUCAAAUCAGAAUAUAAAAGUAUUUACAAAAUACAAAGCUUAAUAACAUAGUUUGCUUUAAUAUACAUCCUAUUUUAGAAUAUGGAUCAGUACUCUGGGAUCCUUAUACUGUUGCUGAUCCUGAUGAACUUCAGCGUAUACAAUACUAACUUUUGA